AAGUCAUCUAAGCGGCUCCGCCACACCCGACAGUAGCGUCUCGCCAACAUCUGUCGUUCUGUCGCCGUCGCCAGGGGAGAUCACUCCAUCGCUGUCUUCUCAACUGAUGCCGUCCUCUUCUCAGAUCCUUUACACCAGCGAUGUCCCAGUCCAAUCCGACAGCUACAGUUUAGCGUCGAGUCACAGAGUGCCUGUUCAGUCGUCGGCGUCACCUUCGAUCGCCCCAACAAAACCAUUGUCGUCUAGCUCCGUCGUGAUGACAUCAUCAGCAACAACCCCGGUGCCCCCGGAAUAUAACCUCCUGAGAAUCACCUUCAAGCUUAACGAAUUUGAGGAUGUUAGUAGUGAGGAAUUCCGGAAAAGAAUCGCUGAAGCUUUGAGACAGGCUUAUAUUAAAGGACGCCAGAAUCAACAGUCUCAUGGAAGGCGAAAACGAGAGACAGCAGAAGUUGACAGCCCGCGCAUUUUGAUACAUCGAAUAUUCAAAGAGGACAACAACGGUGUAGUUCACUUCCAAGUAGCAGAUAUUGACUCUGCACUAUCGGCCCAGGACAUUUUGAAUACCUUUGAAGCAGUGGGCUUUGAACAGCUUAAGGCAAUGCUGUGCCUUGAGUUGCUACCCCCAGGUGUCAAAUUAGUCUGUGAGGACGUAACUGUUUGCCGAACGGUGACGGCUCCUUCAACGCUGAUCGCACCAGCUGUUGCGGCAACGUCAUUACCACCUACUCUUUUAUCACCUGUUCUUCUGUCUUCUUCAGCAGUUAUGUCCACGGCAACACUAGCGUCUUUCACAUGUUUUCUCUUUUCGUCACCCUUCUCGACAUUGGGGACGACUCCAUCUGCUGAACAUCCAGCUUCUUCAGAGAUGUUUAGAUCGAGUUACCAAGUAUUAACGAAUUCACCAGUAAUAAUCUCAUCUACGGUUCUUUCAGAGUCUGCAAUAACCGAGACAUCAUUUUUGUCAAGCACCUCUGUAUUUAUAUCGUCCAGUUCUUUUGUUAUAAUGCCGUCUUCCGCAUCUAAAGGUAGCGGUUCUAGCACAUUCGAUGCAUCGCCGGCCACCUCACAGCCUUCAUAUUCCACAUCCAGUAUUUAUCCCAUUUAUAGUUCACUGAGUUCUACCGCAAGAUACACAAGCCUUCCUGAAAGUGACUUUUCGGAAACAAUUCCUAGUACUGGAAACCCAAGCUUGUCCUAUGCUUCCCUGUCAACGUCUCUAGAAUCUUCGGUCUUGGCCAGCAGUUCCGAAGCCCCGAGACCGACGACCAUCUUCCCUUCCAUUACCAUUUCUGAAAUAUCUCUCAGCCCAUCUACCGCGUUCUACACAGACUCUUUUAUAACUGAGAGUUUCCAAACAACGAAAAUAAUUAGUUUAGGAACUGCCCACAGUAUUAUCACGUUUUUACCGACAAUUGUCGAUUCCAGUUCUUUUCCGAGCAGUAUUGUGAUCAAGUCCACUGAUUUCUCGGGCACAGUUUCGUCCACAUUUUUUUCAUCGAGGGAUACCGUGUCUGCAUCGUCAGAAUCAAUGUUUACCAUACCAUUCCUUGAUACGACUUCAGUUAAGAGCACCAGUGGUUCAGUAACGGAUUUUCCGGUAACAUCUUCUCUUUUACCAAGAACCACAUCUUACUUGACGUCUACGUCCUUAUGGCUACAAACUAGUACCGUGUCACCGAAACCGACGAUGGAUUUGCCGUCUUCUUUCCUUAUUACCACGACAACGUCGGUAAUGACACCAACAGUAUCAAUAAUGCCAUCACCAUCAGCCGGCACGCCAAUAACACCAACAAUGUCAGUAAUGACAGCGUCAUCUUUGACAUCUGUGGAAUCUACAACGUUAGUGGAGUCAACACCAUCAACUGUAACGCCAGUUACACUAACUACAUUGAUAUUACCAACAUCAUCAACUGUGACACCUGUGACGUCAACAACUUUACCAUUACCAACGUCAACUGUGACGCCCGUAACACUUGCUCCAACAUCUGCGCCACCAACAAGCCAUUCUCUGUCAAGGUUAACUAUCCAGGUGAAAACAGUGGUGAAUGUUAACUCUGAACUGUUCAAGGCUUUUAUUCAGCCUGGGCUGGAAAAGUGUUACGUAGAGGCCCUCUUUUUCGGACAAAUACGUCGUAAAAGGAGGGAAGUAUUUGGAACCGCCAACGACAAUUACACAUUGAUAGCACAGGUAACGGACGUCAAUCGCGAACCUGAAUCUCCCAGGAAAGUUCAUGUGGAUUUUUAUGUAACGGUCGACGGGGAGGAACUGUCAGCAGAACAAGUGAGCAGUACACUGAACAGGCUGACACCAGCUGAACUGAGCGCCAUCACACGUUACCCAGUUUUGGAACCAGUGCGCCCCGUGACAGCGGAUACCGUCCCAUCCACUGAUGAGGAACCUAACAACGACCUGGGGGUGAUCUUAGCCAUAGUCAUCCCAUCUGUUCUGGUUAUUAUCGUCAUUAUUCUUUUUUUGGUGUGGUACUGCAGGAACAACGAGAUCCGCACGGGGACCAGCUUGGCUAAGGAUCCCGAGACUCUGGGGCACCACAAUCUGGAUGUAGACAUAGAGAGAGGCGACAUUGUGAAGAAGUCUAUGACCUGGAAAUCCACGUCAAGCGGCAGUCUUACGUUGAAGAAAAAGUCAACCCCAUUAGCCAUCGAGGUGGAAGAGCCGAUUGAAUCAACGCCUCAUAGGGCACUCCAAGGCUCAGUUCCCCCUUUGUCACGAUCCACUUCUUUUGAGCCUUAUUUUCCCAACCCAGAGUCAAAAGACAGAAGGAACAAUGGCUACUUGUACGAGGACGAUUGGUUGAACGCUCGUGACAGACGUGGGAGAGAAGAGUCGCAUUACGAGCGGGCAGAGUUCGAUUCCCGGGAGUCGCUUGACCCGUGUUACAGUCCCAUAUCGGAGGAGAGCAUUGCCCGUAGCUACAUACCUACACCAGUCAGUGAGAUGGAGGAGGAGCCUGUAGUACAGUAUUACCCAACUACAUUCGCUAAUGUUGCCAAGAUGAGCCGCAUUGCCAUGGCGGAUGAGAUGUUUGCCGCAUCACCACCGGAUGUCAAGUACCGAACAGUGGCCAGUGAUAGCCAAGGCGUGGAUGACUUGUCUGGAUCGAUUCUCGAAGAUCGCGGGGUCAUUGAAAGGUACCGAAAUAAACAACGGCAGCGAGAAAGGAUCCGCCAGCUUGAAGAGGAAAAACUGAAGUCUAUACCACCUGCAUCAGAUACCCAGUUGGAAAAAGAAGAUACGUACUCAGGUGCACCUGUUAUCCAGCGGGAAAUAGGAACCCAGUCACAGAGCCUGGCUCCGGUAUCACCAGCAGAACAUGAUGAUCAUGAUGGAGGGGAGAGAACAAAACUGGGGCGAAACAUGAGAGCAAGGCCACGGAGGCCAGAUAAGAGAGGGGCUGAGCAGAAUGAACCUCUUCAGCAACCGUUGCUGAACCCCGAUGCUGACUCGGCUAGUCCUCUGGAAACUCUUUACUUUUCGCCGUCACUCCACCCUGCUUACAGCACACCUUCUGGCCAAGUGGUCGCACCUCAAACUAAUCCGCUUAUAGAGUCGCCUCAACAUCCAACUCAGGACUUAUUAGAAACAUUAAAUAGACAACAGCAGCUUGUCAGCAAUCCUGUUCGUGAACCUUCGCCAAGUCCAGACAUGGAGGACGCUAAACGACGUGCUCAGCAGCUCAUCAACGACAGCUUUCUUCUGGAACAAAUCCAAGAACAUAGGCGGAAACAGGAGCAAAUGGAAGAAAUGAAUCAACUGCUCAGCGACGCCUUUCCCUUAGCCAAUUCAGGGAUCAUAAACGGGGAUAUUGAAGUUACAAACAUUGCCAAUGGCACCGUGACACCGAACGAUUCCGAGCAGCUUCAGUUUCAUAAACUUCAUCUGAACGGUGGAGAUUCUCUUGAAAUGGAAACUGAAACAGAUUCACCGUUAAUGUCCGGACAAGAACGGUCGAUUACGUCAACGAGUUUUGUGCCGGAGUCUUCUGUCCAAUCCCCAUUGCGACAUAAUCAAAUGAACGGUUACGUGCCUACGGGAUUUGAUCCACACGACAUGAACCCUCGUCUUCGGAAGGCCAUCCGCGGAGAACUGCGGAAACCACAACCCACAAAACUUUGAUGGCGGAUUGACAUUUUUGUAGAGAAAGCUAUCGCCUCCAAUGUGCCAAACGAUAUCAUCUGUGAUUCCGCACUGAAGAACUUUGUGCGGUCUUAUUGGAUAAUAACGUCGUUUUAUGAGACACAGAAGAAUAAAGUGCUAUAUUUUCUUAAUGCGUAGCGCAAUUGUUGAGACACACUUUGUAAGCUUAUCCUUGACUGAAUGUCCUAUGAACUUAUCCUGUGCAAGGAAGGAUGCUAGCACUUCAUUGUCCUCCAUUAAGAUUUUCCAGCCUGAGUGUGCUUUUAUCGGUAUAAAAAUCACCGUGAAAUGUAUAUUAGCGUGAAUGAGUAAAGCUACACGUUAAUUUGACAAAUGUUCAAAAAUCAAAUCUCGAAAAUGUACAGUAGUCUGCGAUGUGAUCAAAGUUAUUGAUGAGUCUGGAUCGCAUAUACUCCUCACAUUUGAAGUAGACGAUUGAAGACAUUACAUGGGUUUAUAACGACGAUGAUAUGCAUGGGCUAUGUCACUAGUCUUUGUGCUACAAUCAAUGCUGACGUGGUCAAGACAGAUUUGUAGUGUUUUUGCUAAAUAAAUCACACAUGUCUAAAAAAAUGUAAUGAUGGAAUAUGAUUUAUGUGCAGUUGAAUAAGAAAUAUUCUUUUACAACAUUUCUUUUCAAGCGAACUUUCUUUGACAGAUUCCAUUGUUUUACAAACAGACAAUUUUUAUAAGAUCGUGACGCAGUUACUGGAACAAAAUAAGGUCUGGUAAGGCAGAACAUGUGUCCUCUUAACAUCAGACACGGUAUCCCUCCUUUAUUAUGAAAAAUGUUUUCAUUGUGUUAAAGAUAUAUAUAUUGGGUUUUGUGUUAACAACAAAUACAUGCAUAUUCUUUAUUGAACUGCAUUUUAAUUUUUGUUAUAUUCCCUGCUGCACCACAGGAGAUGUUUAAUGUGAUAAUUUAAGAAUCAUAUAAUUAUGUUAACAUUGGUUUACUGUCUGUUUCAUCACGGCUGGUUCAUGAUGUAUUCCCUAUGAAAUAAACUUACUUCAUCUA